GCCCAUUACUAUACUAAGAGGCAAUUAAGGUAGAGUUAGCAAACAUAAAAUUAUCGAUAUCAAGGAAAAACAAUCAAAAUAUUUUUGGUAUGGCAAUUGUAAGUAAGAUAUAUUGUUCAUCUUCUCAAUUGGUGUUCAUGGUAAGGAAGAGGCCUCAUGUGGUAAAUGGAGGAGGUUUUGUGGCGACAGAUUGUAGCCAGAAGGUUGUUUUCAGGGUUGAUGGCUGUGGAAUUCUUGGCACAAAAGACGAGCUCAUUCUGAGAGGUUCCGAUGGAGAAGCAUUGCUUCUCAUUCGUCGAAAGGGAGCGAUGGUUGAGGCCUUGAGCAUUUACAGGACAUGGAAGGGCUACACUUUUGACUACGAAGGAGCAGCAAAACUGGUUUUCAGCUUAAAAGAGCCCAAGUCAUGUUUGGCAAGGAGCAAUGCCAUCAGAAUCUGCGUGGAACCAAAGGAAAGAAAGAAGGAUUGGGAUUUUGAGAUCAAGGGCUAUUUCCCCGAUCGCGAUUGUAGCAUCGUUGAUUCUAGAGGCAAUAUUGUGGCACAGGUUGGAGCGAAGAAAGAGGUGGACGAGUUAAUGGCAAGCAAGGAUCUUUACCGUGUAGUGGUAAAACCUGGCAUGGAUCAAGCUUUUGUUUUCGGAGUCAUUGCCACUUUAGACUACGUACAUGGCGAAUCCACUAGGUGCUAGUUAAUUAGUGAUCUCUUGAUCAUCCCAGUCCAAUAAUUGGG